ACUGCUUCUUUACACAUAACACCCGUCGUUAGUAGUAUACCCUCUCUCUCUCCUACCAUAGCCGGUCUAUAAUGUGAACCCAAUUCAGCAUACUUAUCGCCAAUCGACAACUCACCUGGAACAAUGAACGAGUAAGAAGGUUUGUCUCUGUUUGACCGCCAAAGCGGCGUGGGAAUUCCAGAGUAAGUAUAAAGCGGACAAGCGAUCGAAGCAAGUGCCGGGUAAAAAUGUUCAUUCGUUCGAUCCUCACUCUUGCCACCAUCACUCCCUUCCAAUCCUCUGAUUUUGAGCAGGCAACACACCCAUUGCAGGGCUAACGGGUAAGUCUCUCUUGGAAGUCGUUACGGGAUACGGCUUGCGACAAGACGAAAUGCACUGGGCUCUGACUGUACUCAGAUGUUACGCACUACGCUCUACGAGCGGCGGCCUAGAAAACCGUUAACUGACACUCUCCUUCACAUUCGUUUUAUGAUUCUUCUGUGAAGCUUUGUACUAACUCUAUCUGUGAGCCUGUAGAAUCCGUCGUUAUGUCGAUCGAAACGGAACAGCAAAGCGAGAUCAAUAUGGACGACCUUGCAAAAAGUCUCGAUGAGAUUCGUUUGAGUAUGAGCUCCGCUAGGGAAGCCAUUAGAUCCCUGCAAGAGAAAGUCGACAGAGGCGAACUCGACACAAGAGAGGGAAUAUCACUUCUCUCCGUCAAGAGCAACGUCAUGUUGCAAUAUCUUCAAAACCUGGUCCUCCUUAGUGCCCACCGUGCCUUAGGACACUCACUUGCCGACCGCACUCCUCCCUCUGAACCCUUCAUCGACCAGAAGAGAGGUGCUCGAGGUUCCGACGCUGGUGAUAGAGUCGAUUCCAUGAUCGAAAGUCGGCUGGCGUUGGAGAAGGUCAAACUUAUGGAAGGCAAGAUGAAGUAUCAGAUCGACAAGCUCGUCCGCGCUGCACAAGAGCCUGUGAAAAGUACCCAAGACGGUUCGAUCGAUCCUCUUGCAUUCCGCCCUAACCCUGCAGCACUUAUGGAUCAAGAGUCUGAAGGCGGAGGCGAAGGGUCUGAUCACUCAGAUGAAGGUACCCAAGCUCGAGACGGUAUCUACCGUCCACCCAAACUCGCUCCGAUGCCUUACAAUGAGCCUACCCGUGGAAAGGACAAGAAACGUCGUGGACCACUCCCCACCGCUCUCUCCUCCCUUGCGCAGAUGGAUCUCAGCAUGCCGCACAUGGAGUCUACCUCCGGUCUGGGAUCAACACCAGCGCUGAUGUCCGGUCGAGCGAAAGAACUACAACGAAUGACGGAGUUCGAAGAGGAGAAUUUCACGCGUUUGGUUAUGAAAAAGAAAGAUGCCAAGAAGAGGGCACAAGACGAAGCGGAUAUCGCGCUUGGUGGAAUUGGUGGUGCUUCUACACGUCGCGGACGUGGUGGAGGUCUUGAUGAUGAGUUUGGCGAUAUCUUGAGGUCGGUUGGACGGAGUCGAAGUGGUGUGGUUGGUGAUGGGUAUGAGGAGUUGAGGCAAAAGAGUAAGAAAGCUAGUGUGUUGGUGCGAUCGAGGGAGAGGGAUCAUGAUGAUGUGCCUGAAGGAGGGGAGGAUGGACCUAGGCAGAGGAAGAGGAGUAGAUUCGAGAAAGCUGUUAAGUCUUCCAAGAAGAGGCUUAGGAAAUGAUUGGUGUCAUUCGUCUGACCGUGUUUCUACAUGACACUAAUCAUUCAAUAUGACGGAAUUGAUAAGUUGUGUCCACUGA